AUGACAUUUCGUCAAAAUCUAGUGAAGUUUUAUCAGCAGACGAAAUGUGCAACAUUUCCAUCGCUUUUUGAGUCAGCCAGUUACGAGCAUCUUCCAAAUGAAGAUGUAUCAGACUUUAUUAAAGAGCUGAUAAUGUGUUUAGUCUUUAUCCAGUCGGAGGUAUGCUUGAUUGCGCCGCAUCUCACAAGCGAGAUAUUGAGUUCGGCAGUGCAGACGGCAUUCGAUCAGCUGCUCAUUCGGCUGGGCCGGCUGCAGAAUCUCUCUCCGGAACAGACAACACAAAUAGUCAUCGAUACUACAGCUUUAGAGGAAAGCGUGCAGAAUUUUCUAUCACUUGGAACAAGGGCUGUUGUGAAUGCAUUUCGCGCCAAACUUGUUAAGAAACUGGAUCAGCAAAGUUUCCAGCGAAGUUUGCGAAAUUUUCGCGCUUCGAUGCGCAUGGCGAUUGCGAGUUUGAACUGCGAUCAGUCGAAUGCUAAUGACUCGUCCGAUAUAUGA